AUGAACUCGUGCCGCACUUGCAGGGACCUCACCCUCCACUGCGACGGCAGCGUGCCCGAAUGCCUCAACUGCCUCACCUCAGGACGGGUCUGCGAGCGCUCCAGCCCGCAGUCGGGCCCAGAAAGACUGCCCGCGGCCGUGGCCGUGCCCAAACCUCGCAUGCUGGCCAACAUGAUCCCGGAAACGGAACUGUUCCAAAAACCAGACGGCGGCAGCGACGUGACCCCCCACCUGUCGCGCGCAAAGCGCGGCAGCAAAGACCCCCACCCAAGAUCCGCGAAAAGACGCUCUGUUGACGACGAGUCCGGCUUCUACUCCGUCCUCAGAAACACAUGGAAACAGCUUGUUGAGUCGUCCUCCCAGCAGAACACCGCCGCCAUCAACCUCGACCUGCUCGAGCCCCUUGAACCGCAAUCCCUCAGCCCCUACAUGGACAAGAACGGAGAGUACCAUCUGGAAGAGAUCUUUAGCCGGCUCGACCUCGCAGACGGCGAGGAGGUGGACAUUGUGCGGCACUUCUUCACGAAACUGCUGCCGGCGAUAUCCGCGCAGUCCAACCAGAAAUGGCCCAGUCUGGCCGUCAAGUACGGCGACAAAGACGUGGUGAAAAGCUGCUUUGUCUCGCUGGGCUGUUUGCAUAUGGCUGCGGCAGUGGACGACCAGGCACUCAAACACAAGCUGCUCGAAACAGGCGCGCUUAACAUCAACAGAACUAUGGACUAUCUACUGAACUUCAUCCAGAACCACGAUCUAUUGGACUCGCUCGUCUAUAACGACGUGGAAAGCGGUAUCAACAAAAUCAUCUCUGUGGAUAACAUUCUUCAAACAGACACCCCGAUCUUUUUUCUGUCCUUCAUGAUCUUUGUCCAGGUGCUAUACGGGAUUCUGGAGAACGGAAGGUCGGCGCUGUGCAGGGUGUUUUUCAAGCUUUUCGCCAGUUUGCUCGAAAACGGGUCGCUAAGAAGCACUCUGGACUCUUUCCAGGCCAGCGAGUCUCUGUGCACCACCAUGGCCUGGUGGGACACCGUUUCGUCGCUCGUAUCACCGGACUGUCGCACUCCCUACUGUAACCCACACUGGUACGACGUCGACCACCUGAUCGAGCAACAGAGUGGCUGUCCAGGAGAGCUUUUCGUGUGCAUGUCCAAAUUGUGCCACCUCCGAAACGGCAUCAGAUACAACCGUCUCACGGGCGCAGAAAUCAAGCGGCUGUUUGCGGAGCUGCGCACAGAGCUAGCCAAUUACCGCAUGUACGUGAGUUUCAAUGUGGAUCCCCCGAAAUCCGGCGCCUACACGCAAAACUCGUACUUUGUUGUCCGGCUCAAAGUGGCCCAGUGCUGGUCGCUGGCCAUUCUCACGCUGCUCCUCGACACCGUCAAGCCCCACACAGAGUACAAACAGAUCAUUCAGCAGCUGGCGCUCGAGUUCGUUGACGUGUACGUGUCGCUCGACAAGUCGCUGCGUGUCGUGGCCCAUAUGGUGUGGCCCGUGAUGCAGAUAGCCACCAAUUUCCGCGACUUUAGGCCGGAGCUCGAAAAGGCCGAGAAAACGUUCAAGUCGCCGAGCUUCUCGAUGAUCACCUCGCUCGCAGACGCCGUAUGGACCACAAACACGCCGCUCGAGGAGAUCCUGGCGGGGAAAACAUGGUUACAGGCGGGAAUAGAUCUGCUGCCAUUAUAA